CAAAAACACACACACUACCACAACAAAUGGCCAUAUCAAGAAUGUUCCAAAUUCUCAUUUUGUCACUUUUUUACUACUACUCUUCAUACAUAUCAGUACUUGCAGCCAAUAAUCCCACCUACAACGUGCAGUCCUACGGCGCGAAAUCAAAUGGAAAAUCCGAUUGCACCAAUGCCUUUCUAAGUGCUUGGGGGGCGGCGUGCGCCUCCACGGCCCCGGCAACCAUAUACGUGCCGCCGGGGAGGUACCUCUUAAGAAACGCAUAUUUUAGUGGCAGUUUGUGUAAAAACACUGCCAUAACUAUACGCAUUGAUGGGACCCUUGUAGCUCCCUCUGAUUACAAUGCGAUUGGGAAAAAUGGGAGCUGGUUGAAGUUCGAAAGGGUCACCGGAGUUUCUAUCUACGGCGGAACCCUCGACGGCCAAGGCGCCAAUUUGUGGGCUUGCAAGAACUCCGGCAAGAAUUGCCCUAAAGGAGCUACCUCACUCGCCUUCUAUAAUUCGAACAACAUACGAAUCAACGGAUUAGUUUCGGUAAACAGCCAAAUGUUUCACAUACUGGUUGAUGGAUGUCGGAAUGCGAAUCUGGUGAACGUGAGAGUGUCGGCACCGGGGAACAGCCCCAACACCGACGGCAUUCACGUGCAGCAGUCGUCCGGCGUUACCAUCAUGAAUUCACACGUGGCCACUGGCGACGACUGCGUCUCCAUCGGCCCCGGCGCCUCCAACUUGUGGAUUGAGAACCUCGCCUGCGGCCCCGGCCACGGCAUUAGCAUUGGGAGUCUAGGUUGGGAUAUGAAGGAAGCCGGAGUGCAAAAUGUGACGGUGAAAACUGCUACAUUUAGUGGAACCGAAAACGGUGUGAGAGUGAAGACAUGGGCAAGGCCUAGCAACGGAUUCGUGAGAGACGUUCUAUUUCAGCAUCUCGUAAUGGUUAAUGUCCAAAACCCCGUUAUUAUCGACCAAAAUUACUGCCCCAACCACCAAAAUUGUCCUCACCAGGGUUCGGGUGUAAAAAUUAGCAACGUAAGAUAUGAAGAUAUACAUGGAACCUCGGCGACACAAGUUGCAGUAAAAUUCGAUUGCAGUGAAAUGAGGCCGUGCAGUGGGAUAAGAUUGGAUGAAGUGAACCUGACCUUCAGAGAUAAGCCGGCCACGGCGUCGUGCGCCAACGCCGGAGGCACGGCAGACGGAGUUGUCAAGCCGAGCAGCUGCUUAUAAGUGGCCAAGAAAAUCUGUUAUGUUUUAUUAGUACAAGGCUUAGGUUAUACACGAACAUUGAAUAUAAUAUAUUAGAAAAAAAAAUUAUAUGCGCGCGACUAGAAACUAAACUUUCGUUGUAAGAUAUGAAGCCUGUGGCUGAUAGUUUCGCGGCUUCUAGUUGGCGGCGCAUUUGAUUUAUGGCGCAGUGUUGUCAUCAUCUGCUCUACUUAUUUUUCAACUAUAAUCUGCUCUAUACUAAAUUUUUUAUAAAAAUUAAUUACACCAUUUCUAACUA